ACAUCUCUAAGGACAUUCCCUUUUCGUCGAGCAAGCAAGAAUCAAAGCAGAAGCGAUCAGAGAUUGAUAAUCUAAUUCCUUCCUCUCAGGUUUUGUUAAAACAUGUCUCGGAGAUAUGAUAGCCGAACCACAAUCUUCUCCCCAGAAGGCCGUCUCUACCAAGUCGAAUACGCCAUGGAGGCCAUCGGCAACGCAGGUUCCGCCAUCGGCAUCCUAUCCAAAGACGGCGUCGUCUUGAUCGGCGAGAAGAAAGUCACCUCCAAGCUUCUCCAGACCUCCACCUCCUCCGAGAAAAUGUACAAGAUCGACGACCACGUGGCCUGCGCCGUCGCAGGCAUCAUGUCUGAUGCCAACAUACUCAUCAACACUGCUAGAGUCCAAGCUCAGCGCUACACCUUCAUGUACCAGGAGCCCAUGCCUGUUGAGCAGCUUGUUCAGUCUCUCUGUGAUACUAAACAAGGGUACACUCAGUUCGGUGGUCUUCGUCCUUUUGGAGUUUCUUUUCUCUUUGCAGGGUGGGACAAGAACCAUGGGUUUCAGCUUUAUAUGAGUGACCCUAGUGGGAACUAUGGUGGUUGGAAAGCUGCUGCUGUGGGAGCUAACAACCAGGCGGCUCAGUCUAUUUUGAAGCAGGACUAUAAGGAUGAUGCGACGAGAGAAGAGGCGGUGGAGCUUGCGUUGAAGGUUCUGAGCAAGACGAUGGAUAGUACUAGCUUGACAUCUGAGAAGCUUGAGCUUGCUGAGGUGUUUCUGACUCCUUCAGGGAGUGUUAAGUACCAUGUUCACUCUCCUGACUCGCUCACCAAGCUGUUGGUGAAGCAUGGUGUGACUCAACCCGCUGCUGA